ACGUGAAAUAAUAUUUUGUGUUCUGUUUUUUUUUUCGUAGGUAUUUUUUUCAUUUGUUUUUCCUACUGUAUAAAGCUAAAUAAGUACUCCAAGAAAGUUUCUGUGUUUGUUUAUUCACUUCCUUAAAUCCUUGGAAUCUGGACCUAUAAAUACAAGCUGACUCCAUGUUUACAAUCAGGUUCACUCUCAUGUGGAUUGAUUGAUGCUGCUUUUAAAAACUAGGAUAAAAAGUAGGAUGUGUUUAGAUCUUCAGGAAAAGAUUUACCUUCUCACUGUCAGCAUAUGUGGCUUUUGUAAGAAGGGAAAACCAGUUUCUCGCUUUUCUAAAACUGGUGAGCUUGUUUGCCAGCAAUUACAACAUGAAAAGGAGAGACUCUAUAUCCAGACCUGAGAUUUAGCUGUGCACAAAGCUGUGGGCCUUGGGGCAAGCUUAAUAGUGGUUGGGUGUUGACCUUCUCUAAAGAGUUAACAUUUCUUCUAAGUAAUCCUGGCCUGAUAUUUAUCUUUUUUUUUUUCUUUUUUUUCUUUUUUUUAAUUGGAAGGUUUUAAUGUCAUUUCUGCAUUAGAGAUUUCUAGCUGGAGAUUUGCCCUAAUUCUCUGUAGAAGAUGAUGUAGGUUUACUAAUCCACGUGUGUUUUUUUAACAAAUAUAAACCACUUUUCAGAUUUACCAAAUUAUCCCUGACUGUGAUCUGCAGCUGAGCUCAGUUUGGAAAUCCUUUACCUCCUUGUUAAGCAAUAUUAUGACUUUAUUUGGACUUGAAAAAAUAGAUGAGGUAAGAAUUAAGUUUCCAACUCUAUGCUUGCAGAUUUAAAUCAGUGACUUGAUUUUUCUCAAAUUUGGAGGACAUGGCAAAUUUGAGUUUGUUAUGUUUGAAUGUGAUUCAGAACGGAGUCAAACCUAAAAGUUUAGUAAAAAUGUUAAGUUUGAAAUGCCAUUUACUUAUAAACCAGAAGCCUGGUUUAUCCUUGAAGUAAACCUACAUAUAUCAGGUUUUUAAACUACAACGAUGAAGUUUUGAUUUCAGUUCCUUGCUGCUGAAUUAGUUUGAUUGUAUCUUAUGGUAUUCAAGGACAUAUUUUAUAUAAAGCUAAGCUGGGUGCUUUUACGCAAACAUUACUUUUGCUCUGACACACAUGCAAGAUUUCUUCCUACUCCAAGGAAGGUGGUUCAAGGAAUUAUGCCUAUGUAAUCAAGGCUGAACUUUUGUAAGUGAAGUUACUUGCUUAGGCAUUGCUCCAGCCCACACUCGUGCACAUCUUCAGCUUUCUGCAGUCUGCGUAGCCUGUGAGACCUCUACUGACAUGGAUAAAGUAACGAACGUGCAACAUCUUUCCUCAAUCGGAUGUGCAUACUAUCUUGCUAAAUGCACUUUCACCAUUUACAUGAAGUGUAGGCUCAGUGUGCUUGCAAAGUGGGCUUCUCAGAGCCCACCCGAUCAGCCCAGAAUGCCCAGUGGUCACUGCUCCUGGUAAGAGAUUUAAAAAAAAAAAAAGAAGAAGUUCACUAUCUGGUCUAUGCCUGUGCUUGGGGGAAAAAGAAAGAGAGAGAGAGAGAGAGAGAGAGAGAGAGAGAACAUUUUGUUGUUUUAAUAUGAGCUUCCUUGGAUUGGUUUGCCUAAUGAGUGCAAUUGUGACGCAGUGUUGUGUUUUAUCAGUGCCCACCCCCAGCAGAAUUCUUUGCUUAAGAGGAGGCAGAUUUCCACCUCCUGAACACGGCUCUGGACUCGUGCUGAUGCUUCUUGGAGCUGUCUUGAGGGCUCCCCUGUGCUGGAAGGAAUUCUAUCCGAGGACUGCCUGUGACAGGACACCACUGCUGUACCAGUUUGGGAGCAAAAUAUGGAAUGUUCUUCACUGCUGACUGAGCGCAGGCAAAUGAACAGUAUUUAUAGUAGUGUGAAAAUCGGCAGUUAGCAGUUUCUUCACAUUCUAACACUACCAGAGAGAACUCAUUGUUUACAAGAAAUCUGCUUUCCAAAUCCGUUACGGUUCCCUCCAGCCUUGACUAUUAACUAUUUGCAAAGGGGAAACUGAUCCACGCUUUGGGGAAAGAUGGCAAUGGAAGAGUGCCUGUGGAUGGUUAUUGUGGGUUUUAUCAUUGCUUUUAUUUUAGCAUUUUCAGUGGGUGCAAAUGAUGUUGCCAAUUCUUUCGGAACUGCCGUGGGCUCUGGUGUAGUGACUUUGCGCCAGGCUUGCAUUUUGGCUUCAGUUUUUGAAACUACUGGCUCGGUACUGCUGGGAGCAAAAGUAGGAGAGACGAUUCGGAAAGGUAUAAUCGAUGUUAACCUGUACAACAAGACUGUGCCGCUGCUGAUGGCAGGAGAAGUCAGCGCAAUGGUUGGUUCUGCUGUUUGGCAGCUGAUUGCAUCUUUCUUGAAACUCCCAAUAUCGGGGACCCAUUGCAUUGUAGGUGCUACUAUUGGAUUUUCCCUCGUUGCAAUUGGCACACAGGGAGUUCAGUGGAUGCAGCUUGUCAAGAUUGUUGCCUCUUGGUUUAUUUCCCCACUGUUGUCUGGCUUGAUGUCUGGAGUACUUUUUGUGUUGAUCAGAUUCUUCAUUCUAAAGAAGGAAGACCCUGUGCCCAAUGGUCUUCGUGCACUUCCAGUAUUCUAUGCUGCUACCAUUGCUAUUAACGUGUUCUCCAUCAUGUACACGGGGGCACCAGUACUUGGACUGGUACUGCCAAUGUGGGCUAUUGCUCUGAUAUCACUCGGCGUGUCCCUAGUAUUUGCUGUCUUAGUUUGGAUUUUUGUAUGCCCUUGGAUGAAGAGAAAAAUAGAAAGCCGGUUAAAGAAAGAUGCUGCACUGUCAAGGAUAUCAGAUGAAAGUCUUGAUAAAAUUCAAGAUGAAGAAACACCAGUCUUUAAAGAGCUUCCUGGUGCCAAAGCGUCUGAUGAGAGCUCGGUUCCCCUUACUGGCUCAGUAACAGAAGCUGCUGGGGCAUCAGAUACUAUUGCAAAUGGAAACCAUCCACGUGUACCUUAUGGAAGGGCCUUUUCUAUGACGCACACCUCUGUGAAAUCCCCUGUCUCUAAUGGCACUUUCAGCUUUGAUGGCCAGGUGAGGAGUGAUGGCCAUGUCUAUCACACUGUGCACAAAGACUCAGGUUUAUACAAAGACUUGCUACACAAAAUGCACCUGGACAGGUCCACUGAUGAGAAGCCUGCUCAAGAAAACAACUACAAACUGUUACGACGCAACAAUAGUUAUACCUGUUAUACAGCUGCUAUCUGUGGCAUGCCUGUGCAUUCCUCAUUUAAGGCAGCAGAUACAUCGACUCCUGAGGACAGUGAGAAGUUAGUAGGAGACACGGUGUCCUACUCUAAGAAACGAGUUCGCUAUGACAGCUACUCCAGUUAUUGCAACGCGGUGGCUGAGGCAGAAAUUGAGGCGGAGGAGGGUGGAGUGGAAAUGAAGUUGGCCUCUGAACUCGCAGAUUCUAACAGGCCCCCAGAAGAUCCUGUGGAAGAGGACAAGGAAGAGAACGACACGUCUCAGGUCCAUCUGCUUUUCCACUUCCUCCAGAUCUUAACAGCCUGUUUCGGAUCCUUUGCCCAUGGAGGGAAUGAUGUCAGUAAUGCAAUCGGUCCCCUUGUUGCACUGUGGUUAAUCUAUGAACAAGAUGGUGUCAUGCAAGAAGCAUCAACUCCCGUCUGGCUGCUGUUUUAUGGAGGGGUUGGGAUCUGCGUGGGUCUCUGGGUCUGGGGCAGAAGAGUUAUCCAGACUAUGGGUAAAGACCUCACUCCAAUCACACCCUCAAGUGGAUUCACUAUUGAGUUGGCUUCGGCGUUCACAGUUGUGGUAGCUUCCAAUGUUGGACUUCCUGUCAGUACUACACACUGCAAGGUGGGCUCCGUGGUGGCCGUUGGCUGGAUCCGCUCCAAGAAAGCUGUUGACUGGCGCCUCUUCCGCAACAUCUUCCUUGCCUGGUUUGUGACUGUCCCAGUGGCUGGCUUGUUCAGUGCAGGGGUAAUGGCACUGCUGAUGUAUGGUAUCCUACCUUAUGUCUGAAGAGCCACAAACAGGGGAAGUAGCCAAGCCAGCAUCAAGGGGAGAAGCGUUCCCAUGAAAGGACCGAUUGGAGAGAAUUCAUCUUCCAUAUCUAACUUCUUAUCUACUGUACAUAACAAUGUGUCAUAUUGGUGACAUGGUGAUGUGGUGCCAUUUCUUAUGUAUUAAAUAAAUAUAUAUGCAUAUAGUAGGUAACAAUACCUAAGUUAUAUUAUUAGUGGGGUGAAAAUAAUUGCCUAGAAUUUAAUAUUUAGAAAAAAAAAUUGUACAUAGUGUAUCAUUUUGGUGGCAAUUUUUUAAUCUUUUGAAGAGAAGUAUGGAUUAGGAAAUGUUUCUUGUCCAUUUGAUAUAAGAAGCGAGGUACAGGACUGCGUAACACGUGAAUUUUUUUAAAGCUACUAAGAUACUGGAACAAAAUGUGCAUUAAGUGCUUUUCAUAAGAUAACUGUUCAUAUCAUAUUGAUCUUGGUGUAUCAUAGCAUAAUGGUUAUGGCUUUGUAAAUACUUACAAACAGUAACUCUUAAAUGGUGCAUUUCCCUUAUAUAUUUUGGAUAAGAAAGUUUAGGAAGUACCAAAGAAGCAGGGGAAUAGCUUGCCAAUAGUAUAUUCUCGUCUACACGUGUGGAUGUGUGUUGUGUUUCUUCACCUCUAAUUUAACACUAUUUUCACCAAGCUACCAACAGCUAGGCUCUUUCCAUCUCAGUGUAACUAAAAACAAAACAAAACAAAACAAAAAAAGCACACAAAAAAGUUUGUUCUACUUGUCGUUGCUUAGUAGGCAGAACACUGUUGUCCACUCUAGCUGGCAGUCCACUGACUUUGUUUUGUGAAGUGUCUCACUUCUUACUUUCCACCUUUCCCUCAAGCCCUGGUCCCAUUGCCCUGCCAUCAGCCUCAGUGCCAGCACAGACUAUUAUCUUCUCUGCCUCUGUCCAGUGAGCCAUGGCUGCCUGCCUUCUGGUACAGGAGUGGGGCUGCCUGGUGUGACUGCGGGGCCACAAAACCCACUCAGCCCCACUCUUACGGCUGGGGGCUUUGGCUGUUGGUGGCCAGCACUCGGGAUGCAAUUCCUCAUGGCAGCUCAGGGGACUUGAUGCAGGAGGUGGUGAGCUAAAUCCCUGCACAGCUUCGGGAAGCACAUUUGGGUGAAGGUUACUGUUUGGUGGGUGGGAGGCAAAGGGCAAGGGGUGUCUGGAAGAGGUUUGGAAAUCUCUUACUGUUUAAAUGCUGCUAAAAAUUUUGAUAAACGGUCUUGGUACUCCAUUGUGACUUUUCCAUUGGUCAUUCAUACUAAAUUUAUAAUAAAAGAUAAACAGCCCCAAUUA